UCUCGUGGCAGUGGAUCGAUUGCGACCGGGUCCACAUCAAUACUGCCUUAUUUAUGAUGCAGUUCCAGCUGUGGAAGCAAUAUUAGUAGUAGUAGUAGGCUAUGAUGUCCUGACGAAGAUGUGCGUAUAUUGUUUUUUUUUGGUUUUGCUUUGGCAAUCCUUGUAAUGGAGUAUAGAGGGGCUGUAGAAAUCAUUCAAAGCAACCCAUGCCAUGUCCUUGUGACGUGUGUGGAAACUAAACAUAGGAAAUAUCAUUGUGUGCGGGCAGAUUGUUUCAGCUUCAGAACGAUGAAGAUAGUGAUUUUAAUGGUGCACCUUAUUGGCCUCGCCUUCGGUCAGUAUCAGUGGACAAUAUUCGACCAGGAGCACGUGAACCUUUGCAGCGAAAGUUACAGCUGCGGCGGGCGUACUCACACCAUGUGUUACAAGGCUAACGAAACGCAUCCGAGAUGCCGCAGGUUCGAACCGAUCCGUCUGAGCGAGGCAAGCAUCAAGAGCUUCAUGAUGGGACACAAUGGAUUGCGGAACAAGGUCGCAACGGAUCCCCGGCGGCCGGCGACGGAUAUGCAGUUUCUGCACUGGGACCGGGAUCUUCAAUCCAUGGCGGAGCGUUGGGUUCGCCAGUGCAUCGUCGGGUACGAUGAGUGUGAUUUGCUUCAGGGGCUGUUCACCGCGGUAGUUCAAUCUUGUCACCCUUUUUGUUUGUUUUUGUUCCCAUUCAAAAAAAAAAAAGGUAACCCCUCCUUUCCGAUCGGCCAGAACGUUUUCUUCCAUCCCAAACCGAUACUGCAGCACUGGGAAGCGCUCGCACUCAGUACGUGGUUCGCCGAAAAGGACCGACCGGGCAGCAGCAACCUGUCCGUCGGUCGGCUGCAGAGCGCCGGGGUGUCCAACUACACGCAACUCAUCUGGGCCCGCACUCAGUUUGUGGGUUGCGGUGCGGCCAGCAUGUACGGCGGCCAUCUGAUCGUCUGCUACUACCAUCCCAGGGGCAACGUCAUCGGCCAGCCGGUGUACACGGUGGGCCGGCGUGCCUGUACCGGUUGCCCGCAGGAGCGUGCGGCCUGUUCGCACGUGUUCCGAGGGCUUUGUGGAAUUGGUAAGUGACUGGUUGCGCUUCGCCCGCGCAAAGACUCGGCUCGGCAACCCAAACUCGCCCAACUCGUUGCAGAUGAUAAACAUUCUGCGGGACAGCGAACGUACGCGCACAACGCAUUGCUGCUGCUGAUGAUGAUGAUGUUUAUUGCCACCGUUUGGAGUACCGGGUCGAUCGGCUGGAAGAGCGAAAGGACGUGAGAACAGGCGCACGCGAAAAUGGAGGAGCACACAAAGAACGCAAACUGGCUGGUGAGUUAAUUAAAUGAAGCGAGCAAAUUAAAAAACAAACCUCCACCAAACACACACACACACACUGCCACGGAAUGAAGUUAUAAAAAAGUCAUUAAGUUGACACGUUUACAAUCUGCAAAUCCGCGUGAUAUGCGUGUGUGUUAGGUGGCGUGCGCGCACGCUCGCGACCAAAACCGCGGCAUGGAAAUAGCACAGCAGAGGGAGGCGAAUGGGCCUGCCCGCUGCUCAUUAGCUGCCCGGUUUAGGUG